AUGUGGAAACGUAACAGUUUUGUGUUCACGACUAACGAGGUUGUCGACCAGUUUAUUUUUGGUGUAAUAACAGAUUUGAUCUCUGGGGAGAAGGUAGAGGUUCUGUGUGUGUAUGCCUAUAAUAGUAACAUCGAGAGACGUGUUUUAUGGAGGCAAAUGGCUGAGAUCUCUGCUGGUUGGAGAGGACCGGGUAUGGUCUUGGGUGAUUUUAACACCAUCAGACUCCAGUCUGAAGCAUUCGGGGGUGCUCCGAACGUGGGGGAUAUGGAGGAGUUUGACAUGGCUAUUCGAGAGGCGGACCUUGUUGAACACGCGGUCCAGGGGAACUGGUUUACUUGGACUAGUAAGAUACAUGGGUCGGGUUUGAUGAAGAGACUUGAUCGUAUCCUAGUGAAUGAUGAGGGGCUUAGUACAUGGCCUAACAUGAGGGUUAACGUCCUCCCGUGGGGUAUUUCUGAUCAUUCUCCCAUACUUGUCUAUCCCAGUAAUCAGCGAAGCCAACAAGUGGUCUCUUUUCGUUUCUUUAACCAUUGGGUUCAAGAAGCGUCCUUUAUGGAUGUUGUGUCCUCUGCUUGGACCAAAGAUACUAGAGUUUCUCCAAUUGUGAAUAUUGUGAGGAACUUAAGAAAUCUCAAGUCGAUUCUUCGCAGACAUUUUGGUAGGCAUAUCCGGACCAUCAGUGAGGAUGUUCGUCUUGCCAAUGAUACCAUGGACCGAGCUGAAAGAGAGAUGGAGACGAACUCUCUGUCGGAGGAGGCGAGUAAUCACGCGAGCUUAGCCACGGUAAACUUUUGGAAAGCGGUUAGAGUGGAGGAAGCCGCUAUGCGUCAGAAGUCGCGAACCAGAUGGUUGAAGCUAGAUGACCAGAAUACUGCCUUUUUUCAUCGAUCUGUUCGAUCAAGGCAGAGCAGCAAUGCUUUGAGAUCAGUUAUUGACCCAGAUGGAAAUCGGUUGACUAACCAUGAUCAGGUGACUCAGGUGGUAGUGAAUUAUUUCAAAGAUAGUCUGGGUUCUCAGAAUAUUAGCUAUGGAGAGCUCUCUACUAGUAUUGAGGAGAUUGUUCAGUUUAGAUGGACUGAGGAGUGUUGUCAGGCCCUCCAGUCGCCUAUUGGCAGGGAGGAAGUGAGACGUGUUCUGUUCUCCAUGGAUGGUGGAAAGGCUCCAGGCCCUGAUGGGUAUUCAGUUGGCUUCUUCAAAGGAGCUUGGACGGUGGUUGGAGAGGGUUUCUGUGAUGUCGUCUUACACUUCUUUGAGACCAAUUACUUCCCUCAAGGGUGA